CACUGGACAGAUACUUACCUCUCCUGGAACCCAGAGAACUUCCCAGGUGUUCAGAACCUUCGUUUCCCCUCCAAUCAGAUCUGGGUUCCUGAUAUCCUCCUCUACAACAGUGCAGACGAGAGGUUUGACGCUACCUUCCACACUAACGUCCUGGUCAACUCCUCUGGGUCCUGCCAGUACAUUCCACCAGGUAUCCUGAAGAGUACCUGCUAUAUCGAUGUUCGCUGGUUCCCCUUCGACGUCCAGAAGUGUGAUCUGAAGUUUGGCUCGUGGACCUACAACGGCUGGCUGCUGGACCUCCAGAUCCUGGACGUAGACAUCUCCUCAUACAUCCCCAACGGAGAGUGGGAUCUCGUGGGUGUCCCAGUGAAGCGUAACGAGCUGUAUUAUGACUGCUGUAAGGAGCCCUACCCUGACGUCACCUUCACUGUCACCAUGAGGAGGAGAACACUGUACUACGGUCUCAACCUGCUCAUCCCCUGUGUCCUCAUCUCUGGCCUGGCCCUGCUGGUCUUCCUGCUGCCUGCAGACUCUGGAGAGAAGAUCUCCCUGGGUAUCACUGUGUUGCUGUCUCUGACUGUCUUCAUGUUGCUGGUAGCAGAAAUCAUGCCGGCUACGUCAGACUCUGUUCCUCUCAUCG